GGAAAACAGUAAAUAACCCACCAGAAACAAGGGAAAUAGAUGGAAUGCUGGUUACAAGGACAACUGAAAAAAGGGACCACGCAAAUUAAAUACACUAUUGAGGCACCUGGACUGAACCGAGGACCAACACCUUCUGCUUUCAGACUCAUCAGAACUGAUCGAUCAGACAUGAGACACAUCAGAGGAGGUCCAGUGAAAAUGCAGAAGAUGUUAAUUGAGCUGAUGUUGCUAGUGGGUUUCCUUGGUUUGAGUCACAGUGCCAUUCAGAGACCCGACUAUGAUGACACACCCAACCCGGAAUUCCUCAACCCAUCCUGGAUGGCCAGCAUCCCUGAUGAUCAGUUGCUGUCCGAGGUCUCCAUGCCUGGCACGCACAAUACCAUGGCCAGGUAUGGCGGUGUGUACGCUGAGUGCCAGACCUGGACCCUGGCCUCCCAGCUUCGAGCCGGCGUCCGCUUCCUUGACAUCCGUGUCCGUCACGACAAGGGGAACCUCACCAUCCAUCACGGGGUGUCUUAUCAGCGGGCUCACUUUGGCCAGGUGCUGGAGCACGUGGCUGAGUUCCUUCAAGAGUAUCCCAAUGAGACAGUGCUGAUGCGUAUAAGGGAGGAGUUAAGUGAGACGUACAACAUCUACGGUGCUGUGGUAGACUACAUCCAUCGCUACGCUCACUGGGACUUGCUGUGGCACAGCCGGCUCGUGCCAACGAUGGGAGAGACCCGAGGGAAACUCAUCAUCCUGCAAGACUUUUAUGGGCCUGACUUAGGGAUGCGCUAUGGUUCCCUGGACAUAGCUGAUCAUUGGAAGGUACCCACAAUUCUGCAUGUGAAGGAGAAAUGGCAACGGGUCUAUGAGCACCUGGAGGCGGCACCUGCAGGAAACAAGGCCCAGAUUUUUCUCACCUAUACCAGUGGAGCUGGCGUGUUUGCGUACCCCGGAGCCGUUGCUCAGCGCAUCAAUGCACAACUGUACGACUACCUGAGGAACAAGACAGACCUGAACCAGCGCCUUGGAAUCAUAUGCAUGGACUUCCCUGCUGCUCCUAUUAUUCAAAUGAUCAUUGACUUCCAACUAAAAGAAGUCAGAAAGGGAAAACAGGCCAUCUAGUUUGAAAUAUACAAUUUCUUCACUGAGAGAGAAUAUGAUUAAACUUUUUGCUGUUAAUGUCUGAGCCAAAAUCAAUCACGUGUUGUUCUAAAGGAACAGCAGAGUGAAUGUACAAUCAAUGAGAUAUCAAUGUGGACGGCAAAAACACAAGUUAGAGUUUGGAUUAAAUAGUAAGAUGUAAACCACUGAAAUGAACAUGAUUUAAAUUAGACCUCAGAUGAACUUUUUCAUCAUGUCAUUCACCAAAGAUAAUAAAAUAAAUGUCAUAUAAAAUUAAAUAAACUGCUGUGAAAACUGCUGUGAAAACUGCUAAAGUGCGUGAGAUCAGGUUGGUUAUAAUUGCUAUUUUUACACAUUUUGUAAGUGUGCAUUACA